CACCAUCACCCCGUUCCUUCACCUCCGACCUUCACCUCCGACCUUCACCAUCCUCUUGCUAGCCAAUCGUCACUCUCAUGAGUCUCAUCUCACCAAUCACCAAGAAGACGAUGCAGAUCUAGCCGCAAGCCCCUUCACCUCCGACCUUCACCAUCCUCUUGCUAGCCAAUCGUCACUCUCAUGAGUCUCAUCUCACCAAUCACCAAGAAGACGAUGCAAAUCUAGCCGCAAGCCCCCUUGGGGACUCCGACCUUGAUAUCUUCUUGCGUCUCAUCAUCAUCACUGCCUCCACCUUCAUCACCGGUAAGUAGAGGGGUUUGGCAGCCACCAGAAAGGGAGGAUCUUUCUUCUCCAAAAAAAUAUCAAGUUGUUGUCAACACGGCCGGUACGCCAGAAUAUCGACCGAAAUACCGAAAUUUGACCGAAAUGAAAUUAAGCUUUAUAUCGUUUCGGUGCAAUGAAAAAUCCGGUACAUACCGGUUAUACCGGCCGGUACGAAAUGGAAUUAACAACAUUGCAUUGUUCACUUAGACUUGAGACAUCAUGCGCAAAAGGUCCCUGCAAGUCAUAAAAAGAGUGCUAUAAGGGUGGGAGAUGUUAGGAAUAAGAAGAGAAAAUGAAAGCUUCCUUCCUUAAAAGCCUCCUUUGAUGAUAAUGAUGGAAUGUCUCGAGUCAAACUCCAAAUAAACCAGGAAAUCUACAAACCAAAUUCUUUGCUCAAAAGCCAACUCUGCAACUCCUGCUGUUCAGCCAGAUAGAAGGGGCCAGAUAGAAAGGCCAUUUUCUUGUAGCUGUUUGGUAUCAAUGAUGUUGUAUUGUUGUAUGUCUCCUGCAUAUAAUAAUCCAUACUGUGAUCA